GAAGUCGAACUGGCCGAUCCGGUCGCCGACCUAUCUGGUGGGCCAAGUGGAACAGACUACCACUUGCAAAGGAGAACCGAACAACAGAUGUGGCCGGUGACCCUCGGUCUUCGAUACUAAACGCUGUUGAAGCGUUUGGAUGCAAAUGAAUACGUAGGUCAGAAAAACUGUAGCAUCAAAGAUGAAGAUGAAUUGGCCCAAAUAAUAGGCAAAUAUAGAAUGACUUCUGACUUAGAAUGGACAGAUAUAAAGACAGAAAUAAAUAAUCAAAUUAAAAAUCCCGUUUCCAAGGACAAAAGUAGUUUCUCUAGCAGUUCUUUAGACAAUUCAUGCAAGGACAGUAUUCCUUCUACAGAAAACGAGUUUAUAGACGUUAAUCGAAACACAGAGUCGGAUCAAUGCAAUGGACAAGAAAUGAAUCAAUACGAAAAAGUUUCGUACUCUGUAAGUGAUUCUGACAGUUUAAUUUCAGGUUCUCUAAACGAAAAUGAUGAUGUUUCAGUCACUACUUACUGUCUAGAGAUGGUAGAAGAAACAGAAGCUCUUCAAACAGAAAAUAUUACUGAGGCAAUAGAUAUCAGAAUAUCUCCUAGAAAUUCUACUGUAGAAUUGAAAAAUUUUCAUUGUGCAGAUGUGUUUCAGUCGGAAUUUUCUUCGAUGGCGGAUGUUGAAGUUAAAGAAGAUGAGAUGUUAGACACAGAAAAAGUUUAUGAGACUCAUAAUUUAUUACUCUCAGAGAGUGACACUAAUAAUCAGGGAAUCAAUGAAUGCGUUGUAACGAAAAAUACAGAAAACAACAUUUGUGUGCAACAGUCUACGAGAAAUGGCUGUUUAUUAGAAGAAGACAUAAGACGACCUCUAAACUCUUCUAAAGCUAUCAGCGUUAAUUUAGAAAAUUCCUGUGAGCCAAAAUAUUUUACCAAAAAAAAUGACAUUAAGAACGUAGGAAAUACAUGCUCAUUUUCUGUGGAGAGUAAAAUUGCACAAGAGAUCAAAGAAAUGAAACAACGAGAGGAAGAUCUACGUAAAAUGAGAGAAAUGCUUGCAAAAGAAAUGUCAGAAAAGUGCACGAAAACUACAGUGGCAUCUGCUAAACAUAAAACUUCACCAAAAUCACUUUCACCAGGACCUUUAUGCGUUGAGCGCGAAACUUUACCGAGUAAAAAUGCUGAAACCUCGAAUAUAAGCCAAAAUUAUAAUAUAGCAUGUGUAUUUGCUCCUAAAAAGAAAGACAAUUUUAAGAGGACAGACAUUACUCCGAAAAAACAGAGAACGCCAAGUGCCAUUUCUAAUCAAGAAUCUCCAGUAGAAAGAGAAAUUAGAAUUGCUAAGGAAAGGGAAGAAGAAUUAAAAUUAGAACGAGAACAAGCGAUUAGGAUUAAGAUGCAGAUGGAGUCUCUAAAUUUUAAUCCGGAUCUGAAUGGAGACGAUCAAGACUCAGUUUUUAGUACAGCCACAUCCGCAAGCAUUUGUAGUGAUUUAUCAUUUGAUUAUGGAAGGAAGCUAGUGUCGCCAGAUCUGAAAGGAUCUAAUGGAAUACUGUCUCCAGACAGCAUCAUCGCUAAAAGCAAUACAAUAUCUUAUAAUUCAUCAAAUGCAGGUAGUAUCUGUUCUUUGGAUUCCAUUUCACACAGUGAAAAGAACAGCAGUUUAAAUGAAUUUCCAAAUACUUCUCCCCAAAGUAGUGCAUCGAAAGACUCAUUGCUUUCUUGCACUUCAACCCGGUCUUCUUCUCCUGAUUCGUCUAGCAAUUCUCUUUCUAAGAUAAAUUUCCCUUUCAAUACGCACCUUCAAGCUUCUAAUAUUUCAAAGAAAAGUGUGAAUAUGGAGCGUUUUAUUUCUAGUAAAGGGAAGGAAAUCGUGUUUAAGAAUUCAUCUUCAAAACAUUCUGUUGACUGCUCGCCUUAUCUUGAGAUAAAGCCUCCUCAAGUCAAGAAAGGUGAACAAUUAUCCCAAAAGCGAUUUAUCACUGCUGCUUCAAAAAUUCAAACUGAAUUGAAAGAGAUGAAGCAAAGAGAGGAAGAAUUGAAAAAGGAGCGUGAAAGACUCAUGGCUCUGAACAAGCAGACUUCGGACAACACAGAAGAAGACAUGCACGUAAAUCAGAGUGAAAGUUUUUGUUUGGACAACUACGAUAAUGCUAACCAAUCGGAAAAUGGAAAUGAUGAUUCAGCAGGAGAGAAAACUGAGGUUCUUGCAGCAAAUCAAACCAGACGAAGAAGCACUUUGAUUGACGAAUGGGAACAAAGAAUUCAGAAAUCGGGUGUUCAAGUAUGAAAAUUCUCCAAAGAAAAUGCAUCAGUUUGCAGUUUAAUUAAAAACUGUCACAGGAAGAAUACAAGUUAUUUUUAUCAUCAUGAAAUAACUCAUUUUAUUUGAACAGGAAGAAUUAUAUUGGCAUUUUCUUUCAAAUUCAAUAUAUAUGUUAAUGUUAUGGUUAAAUAUUAAUUAAAAAAGUUCAUGAUUUCGUGAAA